ACAUCGCUAUCAUGCGACCCCGCACAACGAAGCAGUGUCGAGAAGAAGAACAAGACACCUAUUCCACAGCUCUAUAGCGCUAUCUCGUUGCCAGACACACUUCUUGUUCAAGCUGUAAUGGAGCACGUUAAGCAAGAGUUGCCAGAGCACACCUUUAAUCAUAGCAUGCGCGUUGUCUAUCACGGCGAGAUGGAAUUUUUCUCACACCGGCGCAUGGCGAUCGCGUCUCAACGAUUCCCAGACUGGAAGUUCAGCGCCGAGACAUGGUUGUUGACAUGCUUGUUCCACAAUAUUGACACAGUUAACAAGCAGACCCGUGGCACUCUUAUGUCUUUCGAAUUCUAUGGCGGAUACCUAGCCAUGGCUCAGCUUCAGAAACUCAAUUCUCCAGCAACUCAGGCCGAGAUCGUCGCUGAAGCACUUAUCCGUCACCAAGAUACCGUGGAGACUGGCAAUAUCACCACAAUCGGCCUGCUCACUCAAUUGACUACUCAAUUUAACAACAUGGGCUGCCAUGCUGAUUAUAUUCAUCUAGAUACGAUUAAGGAUGUCGUAAAGAACUACCUGAGGAGAGAAUGGUCGGUCUGCUUCUCCACGAAGAUCAGAGAAGAAGUGUCGAUCAAGCCUUGGUGUCAGACCACUGCCUCUACACCGAGAUUUCCUCAAGUUGUACAACACAGCGAGCUGAUGGCACCGUACGAUAACAGGUACUAG